AGCUGCUUGGUCGUCCCAGUCCCUUGGAGUGUAUUCAGUUAUUUUCUGUUUUUCUUCUUCCUCCGUAUCAACACAACCACAAAACCCGUAUAACAAUGGCGGGAGUUUGAAUUACAGCAGAAAAAAGAGAGAGAGCAAAGAAUCAGUGACAGCUACAAAUUCGAGACGAAAAAAAUGGAAAAUACAAGUCACAAUGAUGUUGAUUCUCUUCGCAGGAAUAUUCAAGAGCUUAGAGAUAUUCAAAGAAGUUUUGAAGAUCCAGAGUCAUGCGAUUUAGAAUUGAAGAAAUUACUGGAAGAUUCUACACUUCAAUUUAAGAGCAAAGUGGAACAAAUAUUGUAUGAUGCUUCAGAGAUCAGCUUCUCGUCUAAUCAGGAUAUAGAUGAAUUUUGGGAAUAUUUGAAGAAUGAGCUAAGCACAGAGGAGGCUAAGAAUGCAAAAAUAGCAGAUGAAAUUGAGGGGCUUUCAAGGGAAUAUGUUGAAGGUUAUAGCAAAUUGGUGAACGGGAUUGAAGGCCUAAGUUGUUCUUUGGAGCUCAUUGAAUCACAGGAACUUGAACAAGGAAGAGUACUGGCAAAUUUUGCUUGUUCGACAACUAGAGAAGAUAAUGGAAACUUGUCAAAUACAUCUGCGGAAUAUAACUUUAAGAUCUUAGAAUUAGGCAAUCAGCUUGAGAAGAGCAAAAUGAAUUUGAAGUCAUUGCAAGAUCUCGAGAGUACGUUCAACAGGUUUGAGGCUAUGGAGGAGUUUGAAGAUGCAUGUUCUGGUCUUAAGAUAGUUGAAUUUGAGGGGAACUGCAUCCGAUUAUCUUUGAUAACUUCUAUCCCAAACUUAGAAAGCUUGUUGCACAACCAAAAUAUAGUUGAUGUUGUUGAAACACCAGAGAAGAAUCAUGAGUUGUUAAUUGAACUGAUGGACGGAACCAAGGAGCUAAAACAUGCCGAGAUUUUCCCGAAUGAUGUAUAUAUAAGUGAAAUAACUGAUGCUGCAAAAUCCUUCAG